AUGGCGUCCUCAAAUUACGAGAGCUGCGAAAAGAAUGUCUUUGAGCCGGAAUUAGAUGAGGACAGUCUGAUUAUCACAUUGGUUCCAGUGAAAGAGGAACCUAACCAAGAGCAUCAAAUAGAACCAAGUGUUUCUUCAACGGCAGAGGUCAAACUGAAAAAGCCUAGGAAAAACGAUAAAGUUCACCUUCCUCAAAUGAAUGAACAAUUCAGAGCUAGCUCAAAACCUAGUUAGAAAACACCAAACCUUCCUUUGCCGGCCAUUUUGCCUCCAGUUAGUGAGGUACAUCGGGACACUUUGCGGAACUGGUGCCAGCAAAUUAAUUUGAGUACCCACGGCCAGAAAAUAGAUAUUUAUCUGAGGCUGCAGAAACAUGCUUACCCUGAGCAGAAACAGGAUGUUCCUGACACACCAUGGGAGGCCAAGGUGCAGCCAUGUUCCAGGAAGCACACUAUGGUGACAAAGAGAGCAAGGCUUGAGGAAAGCUGUAAGACUAGGGAGAGAGAAGAAGUAAUGAAUAUAGUUGAAGUGGUCUCUUCAGCUCAGGAGGCCACAUUGGCCUCCUGGGCAAGAAUUUCUUCCAGAGCACUUCAGCCUAAGGCUGUGAAUUCAUGUCGCAUUCCAACUUCAGCUGAGACUUUUUUGCUGCAAGCCUCUGGCGGCAGAUGGUGUGUGGUCCAUGGCAGAGUCCUCCCCGCGGAAACAGAGGGCUGGGUUCGCCUGCAGUUCCAUGCAGGUCAAGCCUGGGUGCCGGACACCCCCAGGAGGAUGAUCUCUCUCUUCCUGUUACCAGCUUGCGUUUUCCCAUCCCCAGACCUAGAAGAUAAUAUGUUGUGUCCUGAAUGUGCUAAGAGGAAUAAGAAGUUGAUGAAAAGAUUAAUUACAUUGGAGAAGGCGAAGUAGCCUGGUGCGAACACACC